AUAGACAUUAUAGAUUACAGAACUUAUUAAAAAUUUAAUUAAUUAUUGAUAUGACGUCAUCCCCCGCAAAAAACGGGCGAAGUAUAAAAGAGUAUGAAUGUGUGGAAGUUCGGCAGUUACAGUGAGAACCACAGCAACAGCAUCCAAAAUGAAGACCACGAUCAAGGGGGGAUAUACUGCUGUAUUAGUGGUUCUUGGUUUGGCAGCCGGAGUGAUUAGAGCGGAAUUAGCGACGGAUGCUUCGAUCAAUCCGAGAAGUCUCUUUAUGGAAAGUGAGAACUCCGAAGCGGCUUCGGCUGCUAAGCACUCCUCAUCUUCCUUGAAUUACAACGAACCCUAUUACCAAGUAGGCGGCUAUCCAGUUUACCAAUCGUACCAACGUUUUGGUGGUGUUGGUGGUCUUGGUGGUGUCGGUGGCCUUGGUGGUGUCGGUGGCCUUGGUGGCCUAAGUGGUGUUAGUGGCCUUGGUGGUGUCGGUGGCCUUGGUGGCAUUAGCACCCUUGGCGGGCUUGGUGCAUACGGUCCUGGUAUUACUGGUAUUGGUGGUGGUGCUAGUUUAUAUGGACAACAACAAUCGUCUGAAUCAGCUCAGUCAAGUAACAACCAAUACUCUAGGUUCUACGACAGCGGAGCUGGAGGUCUAGGUGGAUUGGGAUACAGUAAUGGACUAAGCGUUGGCGGUCUUGGUGGACUGGGAUACAACGGCGUGACUGGCGUUGGAGGAAUCGACUCGUAUAGUGGUUUAUCUGGAGUUGGACUCGGUGGUGCUGGAGCAUUCGUCGGCGGUCCUAACGGAUUUGGUGGUGCAGGUAUUAACGAACUCGGAGUUCCCGGUGGAUUGGGUCUCAGCGCACCUGGAGUUGUACGAGUAGGUGGAGGAAUAGGAGGGUAUGGAGAUGUCACCGGAUUAGGAGGUAUAGGAGACGUACAAAACAUUGGCGGCGGAUACGGAAACCCUUUCAGCGCUCCCGGCCUCGGACCUAGACAAGUUUGUGGUUAUUACAGACAGUGCAGGAAUGUCUAUUAAAUUUGUUCUUUAGAUCUAUUUACACUUUAUAUGUACAGCAAUGUUAAUAAAGGUCUUCAUCAUAACAA